AAGAAAAGCGAAACAUUAUUGAAACAAUAAUGACAAACAAACAAAACGUCAACUUCUUAAUCGUUUAGUGUUUCCUGCAGUGUUAGCAUUGGCUACAUGCUUUGUCCUCUUUCAGCCGCCUGGAUCUUUAGGACUGAGGUUUUUUUGUCUGCGACACGGACGUUUUCUCCUGCUGCAUGAUCCUGCUGCAUGCUGUAUAUCAAGUGUCAUCUUCUUUGGGGAGAUAUACCUUAGAACCGACUGGACAAUGCAGAUAAAACACAAAACUCUGUUUCUCACACUGAUCAUGUUGAGUUGCUCUUUGCUGCUCAUUCUUUGGCCUCAUAACAGAGCUGCGCUUCAAUCUUUGUAUUACAAAGAAGUAGUGCGAACCAAGUAUGUCUACACCCGCCCCCCCCCCUGGUCCAGCAGUCUCCCUGUUAUCUACGCCAUCACUCCGACGUACAGUCGGCCGGUGCAGAAGGCAGAGCUGACUCGUCUGGCCCACACCUUCCUCCACGUUCCCAACCUGCACUGGAUCGUUGUGGAGGACUCCAACAAGACAUCUCCUCUGGUCAGCCACCUCCUCCAGAGCACAAGACUCAACCACACCCACCUUCAUGUGGCGACCCCUCUGAAAUUUAAAGUCCGCAGUGGGAUGAAAGUGAAGCCACCUCGGGGCACUUUGCAGAGGAACCUGGCUCUGCAGUGGCUACUACAGACCUACACUGCAAAUGACAGCCAGCAGGGGGUUGUUUACUUUGCAGAUGAUGACAACACCUACAGUCUGCAACUUUUUGAGGAGAUGCGUUUUACUACAAAAGUGUCCGUGUGGCCUGUGGCAUUUGUGGGUUCCUUAUUGUAUGAAUCCCCUAAAGUAAACUCCUCAGGAAAGGUAUACGGUUGGAGAGUCCUCUUUGACCCCCAACGGCCUUUUGCCGUCGACAUGGCUGGGUUUGCAGUGAACCUCAAGCUCAUUCUGACCAAACCUCAGGCUUCAUUCAAACUAACAGACGUGAAGCCAGGAUAUCAAGAGAGCAGCUUACUGUCAGACCUGGUAUCUCUGAGUGAUUUAGAGCCAAAAGCUUCAAACUGCACUAAGGUAAGAGCAUGUUUGCAUACUGUGAAACUUCUUCAGUCUGACGGUGGCGGUUUUCCUCAUUCCGUGCAGGUGUUAGUGUGGCACACACGAACGCAGAACCCCCUUUUGAGAAAAAACAUCACAGGAUUUGCAGACGUCAUAGAAGAAAUAUAAAACAGGAGGUCACUGCAGCGAUUUGGAGCAGCUUACAUUGAGGGUCCUCACUUUGAUCCCACACGGUUCCUGUAACUUCACAUCAUGAGCUUCCAACACUGAGAUCAAAAGUGUUUUAAUUGGCAUAAAUGAACAGAUUCAAGACGCCAUCCAUUUUCUAAACCAGGUUCAUUCUCUUCAGAGCUACAAGGUUGCUGGAGCCUAUCCCAGCUACAGUUGGGUAAAGGAUCUGCAUCCUGGACAGAUCCUCGAUCUGUCGCAGAGAAACAUGACCACACACAAACUUGGACUCAAGUGAACACUUAGGAACAAGUUAGAGACAACAAAUAACCUGUGAAGCAUGUUUUUGGACUGUGAAUAGAAACCAGAGUACUUGGGGAAAUUCCAAAAUAAGGCAUCUACGGACUGUAAUGAUAUAGAUAUGGUGUUAAUUAAAAAGGUGAUAGAUGAUAUUCUAAAACCAUUAACUUACAUCUGGAUCAGUCCCUCCAAAUGCGAAUUUUUCCUGAGGAAAUGAAAACUGCUAAUGUCAUUCUGGUCUAUAAAAGUGGUGAUGAACACCUCUUCACAAAUUACAGACCAACUUCUUUGCUAUCUCAGUUCUCUAAAAUCUUAGAAAAACUUUUUAAUGACAGAUUAGUAAAUUUAUAAACAAACAUAAACUACUAAACGAUAGCCAGUACGGGUUUAGAACAAACAUGUCAACAUCAAUGGCCCUGAUAGAAGCCGUGGAAGAAAUUUCUAAUGCAAUGGAUACAAAAAAAUUUUCUGUCUGAAUAUUUAUUGAUUUCCAGAAAGCUUUUGACACAAUCAAUCAUUCUGUGUUACUUAAAAAAUAGAUAGGUAUGGCAUCAGGGGGUAGCAUUGAACUGGGUUAAAGGUUAUUUGACUAACAGACAACAGUUCGUUAAAAUGGGGGAAUAUCAGUCAACACGUGAGGGCAUUGUAUGUGGUGUCCCUCAGGGCUCAAUUCUAGGUCCCAAAUUAUUUAACCUUUAUAUAAAUGAUAUUUUCAACGUGUCACGUUAAUUAAAAAUAAUACUGUUUGCAGAUGACACCAACAUAUUUUAUUCAAAUGACAAUUACAAUACACUAAUAAAUACAAUAAAUUCUGAACUUAAAAAAAUCAAAACAUGGACUGACAUAAAUAAACAAUCUCUAAACUUAAAUAAACUAAGACAAUUAUGUUUGGUAAUUCUAAAAUUAACUCGGAAUUGCCAAUAUAUAUAGAAGAUACUAUAAUAGAAAUGGUACCCCAAAUUAAAUUCCUUGGCAUAAUUAUCGAUAACAAAUGAACCUGGAAGCCACAUAUUAAAUAUGUCCAGAGUAAAAUAUCUAAAAGUAUUGGAAUAAUUCAUAAAGUAAAAUACGUUCUGAAGUACAAAUCCUUGCACACAUUGUACUGUUCAUUAAUAUUGUCACAUUUAAUUUAGUGUAUUGAAGUAUGGGCCAAUAAAACAUCACUAAAUAGCCUUUUCAUCCUUCAAAAACGCGCAAUAAGGACAAUUCAUAAAGCGGGAUACUGUGAUCAUGCUAACAUGUUACUUCUAAGUUCUAAGGUCAUCAAAUUUUUUGAUUUAGUUUAUUUGUACACAGCAAAACUUCUCUACAAACUCAACAAUAAGUUAUUACUCCACAAUAUUCAGAAACAGUUUAGACAGAGGGACGGAGAUUACGCACUGAGGGGAAAUGGUAUUUUUAAACAACCAAAAAUUUGAACAGUUCAAAAGAGUGUGUGUAUCAGAGUGUGGGACAAAACUGUGGAACGGGCUUGAAAAACAAUAUAAACAAUGUAAACGCAUCAAACUAUUUACAUUGAAACUGAAAGAGAAGCUGUUGUCAAAGUAUACGAAUAAUAAAAACUACUAUAAUUAAAAUCCUUUUUUGAUUGUUAACUGGUGACUGUGAAUAAUUUGUAUGAUUUUAUUUGUGAAAAUAAGAAAAAUUGAAAGCUAUGGUCAUAUAGUAUUGUUUUGUUUGUAAUUAUAAACUGGGAAAUGUCUAUGUUACAAGAUAAAAACAUGAAGGGAUGGACCUAAACAAGCUUUUGCUUCUGCCUAUCCCCUUUUCAAACAUGUAUUUAUCGACUUUAGUUUGUGACUUUUUCUUUACAAAUGGAGAUUGUAUUGUUUUGUUUUUUUACUGUUUUAUGCUUUGUAUUUUUUUCUUUACAUGUUU